AAAUAAUCGCAAAUGGGUUUUAGCGCCACUCUUCGAUUCGAAGAAGCAUCCAAUAAUUCCCGACGAGCAAUUCUCCAAACUCCAAAAAGAGACGUCAACCCGUUUCGAAAAGGGACUUACUUUCUUAAUUGUCUACCCAACGAACCCAUCUUGUCCCUACUUCUCUCCCCUCUCCCCUCCACCCCCUUCGUCCCUUGAUUCCGUCGAGACGACACGAUGCUUCGACAAUCUCUGGCUCGUUCGGCUUGGCGGACUGGCAGCCAUGUCGCCAAAUCCUCGAGAUCUUUUUCAGUGACGCCUCGGCGGCCGGCAGAGGUGGAGCUUACCAUUGACGGAAAGAAGGUAUCUAUCGAAGCUGGAUCAGCUUUAAUUCAGGCCUGCGAGAAGGCCGGUGUCACAGUCCCCAGAUAUUGUUAUCACGAGAAAUUAAUGAUCGCGGGAAAUUGCCGUAUGUGCUUAGUCGAAGUCGAACGUGCACCGAAGCCUGUUGCUUCUUGCGCCUGGCCGGUCCAGCCCGGAAUGGUUGUAAAGACGAACUCGCCUCUCACACAUAAAGCCCGCGAGGGUGUAAUGGAAUUCCUCCUAGCGAAUCAUCCGUUAGACUGCCCUAUCUGCGACCAGGGUGGUGAAUGCGACCUUCAGGACCAGUCCAUGCGAUACGGAGCCGACAGAGGCCGGUUCCACGAGAUCGGUGGCAAGCGAGCGGUGGAGGACAAGAAUAUAGGACCUCUAAUUAAAACCUCUAUGAACCGAUGUAUUCACUGCACGAGAUGUAUUCGAUUCGCGAACGAUAUAGCCGGUGCCCCCGAGAUGGGCUCCUUUGGACGAGGAAACGACAUUCAGAUCGGCACAUACUUAGAACAGAACCUAGAUUCGGAGAUGUCCGGUAAUGUAAUCGACCUUUGCCCCGUCGGCGCUCUCACAUCUAAGCCCUAUGCCUUCCGAGCCCGUCCCUGGGAAUUAAAGAAGACCGAGUCGAUCGAUGUGCACGAUGCCUUAGGUUCUGCUAUCCGUGUAGACUCUCGAGGCCUCGAGGUUAUGCGAGUUCUCCCUCGACUCAACGACGAUAUCAAUGAGGAGUGGAUUAACGAUAAGACCCGUUUCGCGUGUGAUGGCUUAAAGACGCAGCGUCUAACUAUGCCUCUGGUACGACGAGAAGGCAAAUUCGAGCCUGCUUCUUGGGAGCAGGCCUUAACAGAGAUCGCGGCAGCAUACCAACAGCUCGCGCCCCUGGGCAAUGAGUUCAAGGCGAUCGCUGGUGAGCUCACUGAGGUUGAGUCUUUGGUUGCCAUGAAGGACCUUGCCAACAAGCUUGGGUCGGACAACCUUGCUCUCGAUAUGCCUUCGGGAAGUCAGCCCCUUCCUCACGGUAUUGAUGUCCGAUCCAACUACCUCUUCAACUCCAAGAUCACCGCUGUCGAGGACGUUGACUACUUACUGCUCGUCGGUACCAACCCCAGACACGAAGCUGCUGGCUUAAACGCCCGUAUCCGAAAGCAAUGGCUAAGAUCGGAUCUGGAGAUCGGUGUCGUGGGUGAGCCGUGGGAGUCGACUUUCGAGUUUGAGCACCUCGGUAAUGAUCUCGCGGCGUUGAAGAAGGCUCUAUCCGGUCCUUUCGGCAAGAAGCUUCAGUCCGCUAAGAAGCCGAUGAUUGUAGUCGGCUCUGGUGUGACUGAUCACCCCGAUGCUAAGGCUUUCUACGAGGUUAUCGGGUCUUUCGUCGAGAAGAACGCCGCAAACUUUCUGACUGAGGAACACAACGGUUUCAACAUUUUACAAAGGGCAGCUUCAAGAGCAGGUGCUUUUGAGGUUGGCUUCACAACACCUUCUCCUCAGGUUGCUGAAACGAAGCCUAAAUUCAUCUGGCUCCUCGGUGCCGAUGAAAUUACUGAUGCCGAUAUCCCCAAGGACGCCUUCGUCGUCUACCAAGGCCACCACGGUGACCGAGGUGCCCAGAUCGCCGACAUCGUUCUACCCGGUGCCGCCUACACCGAAAAGGCCGGUACUUACGUCAACACCGAGGGUCGCGCGCAGAUGACUCGUGCUGCCACAUCAUUACCCGGUGCGGCCCGAACGGACUGGAAGAUCAUUCGAGCAGUAAGCGAGUUCCUUGGAGCACCUCUACCAUAUGACGAUGUCGCCCAGUUGCGCGAGAGGUUAUUCGAGAUCAGCCCGGCACUCGCUUCGUACGACGUUGUCGAACCCACAUCCAUGAAGCACCUCAGCAAGGUGCAAUUAGUAGACCAGAACAAGGGCGCCAAGUCUACUAACGAACCCUUGAAGAAGGUUAUCCAAGACUUCUACUUCACAGACGUUAUCUCCAGAAGCUCGCCGACUAUGGCGCGGUGUUCAGUUGCAAAGGCAACCGGCAACCCCAACAACAACCUCAUGGCCCCCGGUAUGACGGACGACAGGCCGAUGGGUCAGGUCGCCUACGGCGCGUGAGAGGGGGGGAGCGUGUGUAACGCUACGGCUAUCCCGGGCGGUGAUGAACGGGAUUUAAUAGAGACGUGAACCUGGAAAAAGAAAGAAGGGGGAAGAGCUAGCUGGCUGGGCUGGCAGAGUCUAUCUUUGACUAACUAACUGACUGACUGCUAACUUAUCCGCGCUGGCUGGGAAUUGGUCUUCCUCGAUUGUUUUUUUUUUUUGUUCCUUGUCCCCUGGGCGCGCAAAUCCAAUCGCCGGCAUCGCAAACAUGUACAUACAAUACACACACAUAGUUACUAUUUAACCUAACUACCUACCUUAGAUACCUACCUAAGGUUAGGUAGGUAGGUAUUAGUACAGGUUCACGGAAGUAGGUAGAAGAAAGUACAUAAAGCGCACCGAGAAUACCCCAUCCUUUCUCCUGUGCCCCAAGUCCGCUGCAUGGAACUCAUCAUCAGUACGAUACAGUAGACGGGACGAGCUGGACUUGAGUAGCUGAAAAAAAAAAAAAAAAAACCUUGAUAACGAAUUCAACCCCCAGGUUAACUUGAUUCGUCUAACCAACCUUAAGUAGGUACAUAUGAGGUAGGUAGCUAGGUACCUAACCUAAUCUCGUUUGCCAGAAUGAUUUUAAAGUGAC